AUGGUCAUGUACAAUCUGAGUGACUACAGAACAGGUUCCUUCACCCUUAUGGGAAUCCCUGGACUUGAGGACUAUCACAUCUGGAUCAGCAUCCCGUUCCUCUUUAUCUAUCUUGUGGCUAUUUCAGGCAAUAGUAUCCUUCUCUACCUCAUUGCAGUAGAGCGUAGUCUUCAUGCACCCAUGUUUUUCUUCCUUUCUAUGUUGGCUGUUACUGACCUCGUAUUGUCUACCACAUGUAUUCCCAAAACUCUUACGAUCUUCUGGCUUGGUCCCCAGACAAUCAGUUUCCCGGGUUGUCUUACACAGUUAUUCUUCUUGCACUAUAGCUUUGUCUUGGACUCAGCUAUACUACUGGCCAUGGCAUUUGACCGUUAUGUGGCCAUCUGUUCGCCCUUGAGAUAUACCACAAUUCUGACUCCCAGGACCAUUUUCAAAAUUGCUGUGGGAAUUUCCUUCAGAAGUUUCUGUGUUUUUGUUCCUUGUGUUUUCCUUGUAAAUCGCCUACCCUUCUGCAGGACUCAUAUCAUUCCUCAUACCUACUGUGAGCACAUAGGUGUCGCCCGGCUUGCUUGUGCUGAUAUCUCCCUUAAUAUCUGGUAUGGUUUUUGUGUUCCUAUUAUGACAGUGAUUACAGAUGUGAUCCUGAUUGCUCUCUCUUACACUCUUAUUCUCUGUGCUGUUUUUCGCCUACCCUCCCAAGAUGCCCGCCAGAAGGCCCUUGGUACCUGUGGUUCCCAUGUAUGUGUCAUCCUCAUGUUCUAUAUACCAGCAUUUUUUUCUAUCCUUGCACAUCGUUUUGGACAUAAUGUGCCCCUUACUUUUCACAUUAUGUUUGCCAAUCUUUAUGUAAUUAUUCCACCUGCACUCAACCCUAUUGUCUAUGGAGUAAAGACAAAGCAGAUUCGGGACAAAGUAAUUCAUCUGCUCUUUCCAAAGAGGGCCCAGUGA